AUAUCGUGUGUUUAUGUAGUUAUACCUCGUUGGCAUUAGAACAAAUCCGUAUAAUGAAGGCAAAUCUAGGAACACGAUUCGAACUAGUCAUAUUGAGCACUGAACAUACUUAGAACAACUGAUUUUUCAAGAUAUAUAUCACAGUAGAUACCUGUUUGUCAACAUGAAAAAGAUUCAUCCAUUUCCAUUAUUUGUGAUUUUCUUGUCUUUUCAAUCCGGAUUUUCCGAAACUUGUCGUAUAAAUGAACGAGGGAAUCAUGUGAUUGCAGAUUGCAAAAGACUUGGAUUACAAGACAUACCUACAGAUUUACCAGUGAACAUUUCAGAGCUUGAUCUAAACUAUAACAAUAUUUCAUCCCUUAAAAAAAAUGCUUUUGAUCGAUUCCUUUCUAUGACCGUAUUAAAUAUUGAUAACAACAAUGUUGACAGAAUGGAACCAGAAACAUUUAUGGGUCUAACCAAAUUAAGAUUGCUUUCUAUGAAGCACAACAAAUUUGAUAUUUCAUCUACGAUCUUUAAACGUAUAUUUAAACCUUUAUCAUCUCUGAAUCAUUUAGACAUACGAAAUAAUAUGGACAAACUGAUCAUCAAAACUAUAGUACAAUAUCCAUUUUUGGUGAUUUGCUAAACUUAAUAGAUUUAUAUAUGGACCUGGCUGAAAAACCUAUUUUCAACUCAAGUGGUUUUGAAGUGUUGUUAAACCUUCAUACUAUAAGAUUUGAAACAUGUUAUUUAAAACAAAUGUUGAAUGACACUUGGAUUUAUUUACCGAGUAAUAUUACAACAAUUUAUUUUCAUAAGUGUUAUAUGUUUAUAUCGUUUGUGGAACCUAACUUUUUAAGACCUUUCCCAGCACUAACGGAAUUAAAAAUGCAUCUGGUGAACAUCAAAUUAGAAGAUGCAUUGACACUUUUAUAUCCGUUUACUGGAAAAGAAAUGGAAUCAAUUAUUUUUAAGCAUCUCGAAGGUUCUGCAGCAAAGCCUGUUUUUAUAACUCGUGAAAUGGUGAAGUACCUAAUAGAAAUCUGUGUUCAUACUUUAGUAUAAGCACAUAGUGACAUAAUUGGAUAUGCACAACAUUCUUUACUUGCGUUUAAAUAUCCACAAUGUUUGGAGUACAUUGUAUUUUCAGGCAACAGAUUUUCUUUAUCAUCCAACAGUCAUUUAGUUGAACUUUUAAUACUUGCUAAGAAAGCAACAAAUUUAAAAUUCUUUGAUAUAUCGUAUAAUGCGGUAAACUUCAACAAUGUAAAGUACUGCAAUAUAGAAGCUCUAAAAAAUGAUUCAUACAGAAACGAAAUAUAUAACAACGGCUGUGAAGUCCAAUCUACAGAUCCUAAGCAAUAUUCAAAUGCUAAUUCAAAUCAAAACUUUGGAUAUUCUAAAAUGGCCGAUGGAUCAAACACUACGAUUACGUUGCCUGAUAAUCUCACAUUUUUUCGUUUUCACAUUAUAUGACAUCUUAUAUUGAGUAUGCGGUGAAUAUGUUUGUUAUGCAUUCCGAUAGCUUAAGAUACGUAGAUUUAUCAUAUUUUAAAAUUGCCAAAUUUCCAGAAAUUUAUUCCGUGACACCUUUCAAUAUCAAAUAUUUUGACUUAUCUGGAUUCAACUCUAUGCUUUUCAUACACAAAUCUUCAGUGCAUAUUUUUCAAAAUGUCGAAACGGCAAUUUUAAAAGAUGCUCGAAUUGACGAAACCAUUAAACAAAAUGGUAAUAUAUUUAAACUAUUUCCAACUGUUGAAAAAUUUGAUAUAUCGUACAAUACCUUGUGGUAUCUGAACGAGGAUUCUUUUUUAAUCAAUACAAAACUGAAGAACCUAAACAUGGCCAACAAUUUAUUAUCAGCAAUUCCUAAUGCAGUCAUGAGCUUAUCACACUUAAAUACAUUGGAUAUCAGAUAUAAUAGAAUUCAGACUAUUGAUGAAACAGUGAGGGCCUGGCUGGAUGCAAAAAGUGAAAGUGAAAACUUUUAUCUGUUUAUAAAAGGUAAUAGUUUAAAGUGUACCUGCGAAACGGCCAAUUUUAUUGAGUGGUUGUUCCAAACGAAAGUUAUUUUUGAUCAGCAAAAAAAGAAAUAUAAUUGUAUAUUGACAAAUGGUACCGAAGCUAAUACGUUGUCUGUCUAUAAGCGUUUUCAUGAUCAUUUUGGUGAAUGCAACAACAAAAAAUGGUUGCGCAUAGGAAUUGUACUUUUAGCUUCAUUUGUCAUUUUUACUAUACCGUUCGCCAUUAUAUAUAACUUUCGAUGGAAAAUAAAGUAUUGGAUUUACAUAAAUUUCAGAAAAGUGGUAGAACAUCGGUUGGAAAAAAAGUUUAAAUAUGACAUUUACUUAGCGUAUGCAGAUGACAAAAUUCAAUGGGCACGUGAAGUUCUCCUUCCACGAAUCGAAUGUUCCUGGAAUAUGACCGUCUGCUUAGAAGAUCGGGAUUUUUCAGUUGGAAUGGCGAAAACAGAUGCAAUAGCAAGUGCUGCUGCUGAAAGCAAACAUGCUAUUUUUAUCAUUUCGGAAAUAUACCAACAUGAUGCAUGGAGCAAAUAUGAAAUUGAAAGAAUAGAAUAUGAAAAAUGUUCAAAUUACAUGCAAAAAAUUGUAGUGAUUGCAAAAGAUGAAAGCAUUUCCUGUAUUCCAAGCGAAUUAAAAAAUAUUUUACAACAUUUGACUGUAAUAGAGUGGACUGAUGAUGAAACUGCUUGGGACAAAUUACGCAUGGCAUUGUUUACCGAGUCUUAUUAAUUGGUUCCCGUACUGUUCAUAGAUUUAUUGAUAGGCAAAGAUUUCGUGUUUUGUUACAAUAUUUUCCCGACAAUGUACAUACAGUGUAUAUAUAUAUAUGAUUCGUGCGCAUGAACAUUUUUCAUAAGUAAUGCAAGUACAUGUUUGUCGUUUAAUUGAUUUUGCUGUGUAUACUAUUUAGCUUUUUCAUAUAGGGGAAAAACAGUUCUUUUUCAUUGUUGUUAUACAUUGUUGUUUGAUCCUUUUGGUAUGGUAAACCUUUCUAAAGAAAAUAAUUAAUGUGAUGUGGCGUCUUUUUUCCUGCCUCAACAGUUUCAUACAACCAUAAUCAUUAAACAGCAUUCUCAAUUUGCGUUUAAAACAAUCAAACGGACUAGUAUUCAUAUUUGGAAGCAAGAAGUCGACCCACUGCCAAAUCGCCCCACACCAACUCGCCC